AUGUCGGCCGUGGAUGACGUCACUGCUCGAUCUGUCGUUGAAUGCACGUCCAUCUGUAGCCAAACCACCGACUGCUCGGCUGUCAGCUGGAACGAACAGACUCGAACCUGUUUCCUUCACAUCCACUGCCCCCCAGACACCACGUGCUCUGAUUCGUCGAGCGAGUUGGUACAUUUUAAGAAAAAGGUCCCUUGUCAAAAUGGCGGUGACUUUAUCCCAGAAACAAAAACGUGUCUGUGCAAUGAUGGGUGGGCGGGGGAUGAAUGUGAGCGAUAUCCGUACAACUGUGUCGAGUUCUAUCAGAGAGAAUAUGGGACAAGGUCAGGGCCUGUCUGGCUUGACCCUCAGCAUGACGUCACCAAACUGACCCGAACGCAAUGCAACCGACCAGGUGCGAAAGUUAUUACGACAAUAUUUAGGUCAGACGGGAGACAACCACACAACAAGACGUAUGAAGACUUUGUGUCUGGCUACUACAUCAACUCCAAAAACUACUGGAUGGGUUUGGACAACGUGAGAGCUCUCAACCAACAAGGCUUUGAUGAAGCACUGUAUAGCGUCGUGUUUGACAACCCAGGUAUGGGCGAUUUCAAGUGGAGAUACUCCGGGUUUCAGAUCGGAGAUCCGUCUAGCGGCUACCCUAUCUCCUACACCACGGCCAAUGACGCAAGCAGUCAGGUUCCAGCGGCGACAGAUUUUGACCUGAGUCUGAGCAACUGUUUCGAGAACAUUUCCGGUGUGUCUUUCUCUGCCUGGGAUCACGAGACGACCGGAAGUGACUGUGCAGGUCGUCAUGGCGCCGGGUGGUGGUACCCUGACGACUGCCACGCCCCCUGUCGUCUGCUUGGUUUGAGGCGAGAACUUUUCCCGGACCAGGGGGAGGAGGAGUACCUCACAAUUCCUGGCCUCAGACUGGACAACCACACUGUGGAGGAGAGCAUGGCGUGGACUUAUCUAUUUUUCAAGACCUAA